AUGAUGAAAUUUCGUCGUAGUGUGGUAGUGACGUGUUACCGGUUGUCUCCUGUCGGGAACCGGGUUAAUGCUAGUAUUGGUUCUGGGAUAACCUUGGACCCGAAGGAUUCCUCGUACGUAUUAGCUAGUGCCAUAUUUUUGAAGUAUCCUGUAGAAGAGUUUGAGGCCGUGGCCGUGAAUGCCAGGUGCCGGUUUCGGGUUCUUCUCGAAUGCGAAGACGAUCAUGAGCCCGUACGUGAGAAUUUUAGGUUGAAGAGCAUUUUAGAGUCCCAGACUUUGAAGGACGCCCUCUCUCACGUGUUGCCUCCACGGAACCCAGAACCACGCUACGUAGGAGAACCAGCAGACGAACAGGUCUUAAACUCGUUUUCAUCCUUCUUGAUAUUGGAACGAAUGGUGGUGAAGAAUGAGAAGACUGUGGAAGAGAUCUUGGAGGUGGCUUUGAGUGAUAAUGGCCGGGAUUUGCAUAAAGGAUCCGAGGUGUACAUUGAAGGGACUCCAUUCCCCUCUAAUUCCCCCUCAACGGUCUUCCUCAAUUCAUUGAGCCAGGGGAUUGUCAGCAAUGUGUUUUCAACGAAAAAUAACAAGACCAAAAACUGGGAUCGCGGCCUCGUCUUGCUCGACGCUCGAAUUCUCCCUGGACAAGAGGGAUCUGCCGUCUACGACUCCAGCGGAAAGCUGGCAGGGAUGCUUUUGGCUCGGGUGAAUCAGAGCGAUGUGGAGGGAGCUCAUUUCGGCCUUGCCGUGCUCUGGCCUCAUCUCCUACGAAGUCUCCUCCGUUGCCAGUCUCACCAAUCUAGAGAAGAAUCCAAACUGCUCCCUCUCGAGAAAUUCCAGGGCUUGGAUCAUGAGAAGAGAGAAGUGAUAUGGGAUGUGGAAGGGAGUACGGUGAUGGUGAGUGCAGGAGGCAGUCGGGGAUCGGGUGUGAUUAUAGAAGAGUCUCCAGGGACAGCGACCCCUGGCUUCGUUCUCACCUGUGCUCACGUCGUCCGCAAUCACGAAAUGGCGGCUGUGAGGUGGAUGGGGAAGAACGGGAAGGAGGAGGUGUCUUUAGGCGAAGUCCUCUACCGGUCCCCAGCGGGGAUCCCCUUCGACAUCGCUCUUCUGGCCCUCAGGGACGACGAGGACGACUCCUUCCGGAGCCGCGCUAUCCCUGCCACAAUUAUGCAGGACCCACCUCACCGAGGUCUGGAGGUUCUGGGUGUGGGUUAUGGGAUACUGGGGAAUCCCAGGAUGGAAUUGUCGGGUCCCAUGGUGACUCGAGGGAUCGUGUCCAAAGUAGUGUCAUCUAGAUCGUCCCUGAAUCCGGUGCUUCUCCAGUGUUCAUGUGCUGUAUAUCCUGGAUGCAGUGGGGGUGGGGUGUUCUCGAUGGAGAAGCGAGAACUGGUUGGGAUCAUCGUGUGCAAUACAAGCAUGCAGGCACGCCAUAUGAAUCCCAUCUACUAUCCUAAUGCUUCUCUUGCUAUCCCUGUCAUCGCCAUUGCGCCUGUCAUUCGCCGAUUCAACCAGUCCCAAGAUGUGAAGGACCUGGAAUAUUUGACAUUGAAUGACACAAGGGCCAAGGAAGUCUGGGGGCUUGGAGAAUAUGAAGCCCUCUCCCCAAGAAGCAAAUUGUGAUAGACCACUAGUUUUCCUACUACAUUGCUGAAAUCUUUACAGAAGCAUGAGGAAUUCGUAGUAUCAAAUGCUAGUGUCAUUGAGUUGAUAUUGUAGCAUGGUGUUUUCAGACAGAAGAGUGCAUUCAAGGCUGGAGAAUAUUUGCAUGCAAUUCCUUAUAGCAAGAAACCAAGCAUCUAGUGAAAAAAAAGAUUAUCAGAGAUCCCUCAUUAUCAUUUUUUAUUCUUCCCCCACCCCCCUCUGUUACUGGUAUCUGUACAUCAACUUUAAGGGCAGGAGACACUUUGUGGAGAAAUGGGCACUCAGGAAGAAGGGCUUUCUUCGGAAGCAGUGUCAGUCAAGUAAAAUUCUCAAAGUCCAUCAGCAGUUUUUUAAGCACUACCAUUUCAUAUGAAAGGUUGAGAACCAGAAGACAUAAAUUGCUGAACAGAAUUUUUAUUUCAAGAGUUGGCUUUAUGUGGUUCAACCUUCAUGUGUUCGUGGGUGAUGCCUUAAAACAUAUCCAGAAUACUGUCUAUUUCUUGUCUAUUUCAAAAUACAAUUGGAAAACAUUGAAAAAUAAAAAUCUACAAAAUGUG